AAUGGCAAGCACUACUACACGAUGUACCAGACCAUGUUCGAGAUCGACACCAAGUACGUGCCGAUCAUGCCCAUCGGGAGAGGAUCCUACGGUACCGUAUGCUCGUCGAUAAACCAGGAGACCAACGAGAAGGUCGCGAUAAAAAAGAUAAACAAUGUCUUCAAUAACCGGAUGGAUGCGCUCAGGACGCUCCGCGAGAUGAAGCUCCUUCGGCACUUGCGUCACGAGAAUGUUAUUUCUUUGAAGGAUAUAAUGAUGCCCCUACGCAGGAGGAGCUUCAAGGAUGUGUAUCUGGUCUCCGAACUCAUGGACACGGAUCUGGAUAAGUUAAUCAUGUCAUCACAGCCGCUUUCCAACGAGCACUGCCAAUAUUUCCUUUUUCAGCUCCUCCGAGGGUUGAAAUGUCUUCAUUCAGCAGGAAUACUCCAUAGGGAUCUGAAACCAGGGAACCUUCUGAUUAAUGGAAACUCUGAUCUGAAGAUCUGUGACUUUGGUCUUGCUCGCACAGAUAAUAGUGAAGGUCAAUUGAUGACUGAGUAUGUUGUCACUCGUCCGUAUAGAGCUCCCGAGCUGCUGCUCGGUUGCGACAACUAUGGCACCGCCAUAGAUGUCUGGUCAGUUGGCUGUAUAUUUGCUGAGCUACUUGGCCGCAAGACUAUCUUUCCAGGAGCUGAUUGCCUUAGUCAGCUCAAGCUUAUAGUCAAUGUUCUUGGCACCAUGAAUGAUGGUGACCUUGAGUUCAUUGAGAGCCUAAGGGGUCGCAACUACAUCAAAUCCCUUCCAUACACCCGCGGGAUUCCCCUCUACAAUAUGUACCCACAAGCGCACCCUCUUGCCAUUGAUCUGUUGCAGAAGAUGCUUAUCUUUGAUCCUUCCAAAAGGAUUAGUGUCAUUGAGGCUUUGGAGCACCCCUACAUGUCAGCGCUGUAUGAUCCAAGUGCAAACCCUCCUGCUCAGGUACCUGUCGAUCUUGAUAUAGAUGAGAACCUCAGCGUAGAUAUGAUCCGAGAAAUGUUGUGGCAAGAGAUGCUCCAGUAUCACCGGAGGCCAUCAAAAUGGAGAAUAUUUAACAAGUAGAAGAUGGACAUAACUCGAUGAAAGGAUGCCCGACGGGCUAACCUUGGCGACGGCUUGUUCCGAUGCUGUGUCCUCUGCGUUACGUCGGCUUCCUGCCUGUGCACGGCAGCAGGAUGCAGUCGCACCAGGAUCACUGCCGGAGCCUGGCCCGGUUGACUGUGCAGGACGUGCUUAGCGGGAGGGCCGGCAGCGGCAAUGGACGUCGAUCUUUGCAAGGAGACAUUGUACAUGGAUCACUGGUAGCAGCAUCACUUUCAAGAACGAGGUGGAUCCCGCAUUAGCUAGCUGGGAUUCAGAUGACAAACUGUUAAAAAUCAAAUAGCUUUGAUCAAGGUUUAAGAAAGCGUUAAGCGUAGUUGGUGGGGUGGAAGGCCUCUGCACAUAAGCGAUUGCUUUGAUAAGCUAAGUAGGCGGUUAAUUUGUAAACUCUGUAAUUCUCAAGAGAUGCUUUUGUAACAUCCUUAGACUAGUCACAGUGGGAAGAAAUAUAUAGUAGUGUCAUG